AUGCAGACUUGGGAGAAGGACUCUGGCCCAGACCUCUGUGCCCAGGUGGUAGCCCUAGCUGAGGAUUUCCUCCUGAGACGGCAAGAGCCUGACGGAGAGGCACAAAACGUAAGGAUACUCUGGGCGAUACCGAGAGACGUUUUAUGAAUACAGUCUUGUUACAGCAGAGGUCUCAGAGCGGCUUGCAGCAUAUUUAUAAAAGCAUGGGCAUGUUGAGAAUUGUGAGAAAAAGCUGUAUUGUAAGCACAUGGACUAGUAAUGAUUUCUGCAGAGAAAGCAUUGUUUAAAGUAGCAGCUUAACAUUCAGAAUAACAGGCCUCCUCCUUCUUUUCCCUCCAUUCCAGGCGCCUCAGCUCUCAGAGAAGAAUCUUUCAGAUUCCAAGAAGGCACAGGAAGAAAAGCAGGCAGAGGAGGCGGAAGAAUAUGAUGGGGAGACUGCCUUAUUAGGUAAAGACACCCAAGUGUUGGGGGGAAAUUAUAGCAAACGUAAGGAGUAUUUUGCAGUAUCUGCUUCAAAAUGAUCAUUUUUUUUGUUACUUGCUUAUUUUAAAAACAUACCUAAAGGACAAAAAAAAUCUGUUAUUUCAUAUGGUACUAGCAGUGACUAGUAAAUCACCCCUGAGUGCUCACUGGAAGGACAGAUCGUGAAGCUGAGGCUCUAAUACUUUGGCCACCUCAUGAGAAGAGAAGACUCCCUGGAAAAGACCCUGAUGUUGGGAAAGAUGGAGGGCACAAGGAGAAGGGGACGACAGAGGACGAGAUGGUUGGAUAGUGUUCUCGAAGCUACCAGCAUGAGUUUGACUAAACUGCGGGAGGCAGUGGAAGACAGGAGUGCCUGGUGUGCUCUGGUCCAUGGGGUCAUGAAGAGUCGGACACGACUAAACGACUAAACAACAACUAGCGACAAUGCUAUAUGCAAAAUACUGCCAUGGGUGGGGGCGGGCCGGGAAUCCUGCGCACCAGAGAAUGGCAUAUUAAGCUGCGGGAAGUGAGCACUUUAAGCAAAAUGUGCUGGACUCUAUAGGUUAAAUAUGGAGGAAAGAAGGUGAAACAAGUAUGAACACAAUUGGUGAAAGUUGAGAGGACCAUGGAAUAGCAAACAUGGGACAAUUAACUAACAUGCGUUUACAGUUUUAUGAGAAAGUAUACUGUUUCACGCAAAACAGUCUUUAUAUUGGUAGUUCUCGGAGGCUCAAAUUUUUAAUUUUAGGGGUUAAUAAAUUAUCAUGUAUUAAUGGGGUUGUUAAACUUAUCAAGGAUGCAGUCUGUUCUUACUGUUGCAAGUUAUACCUGUAUCAACAAAUGAAAAUGGCACGGGAGAAGUUAAAGCAAAGAAGUUAAAGCAAAGAAGACAGACUUCUAAGGUCAAAUAGUUGCAUGUAAGGAGAUUUUUUUUUUAAAGGCUCUCUUACACACCCACACAUAAAUUGAAAGCCAUAUAAUUCCACUUUAAACAGCCAUAGUUUCCCCCAAGGAAUCCUGGGAAUUGUAGUUUGAUAAGGGAGCUGAGAGUUGUUAGGAGACCCCUUUGUUCCUGUUCAGUUAACAAUGUAAUCCCUUGUGCUAGGGAACUGCAGUGACUACAACUCUGUGAGGGGAAUAGAAACCUCCCGGCAACACGUGGCAUCCUUAACAUACUACAGUUCCCAGGAUUCUCUGGGGGAAGCCAUGACUGUUUAAAUUGGUAUGUUACUGCUGCAAACGUAUAGGGCAGAUGGGACCACACGGUUUUUCUUCUUCUCUGCACAGCGCUAGGCAAGCCCCAGAGACCAGCUGUUUUUGUUGCUUGUAAAGCACUUUGUAUGGGGUUUUGGUAGGGCCGGUCACAUUUAGCUGUGCCCCGCACCAGGUGGGUGUGAUUUGCCCAAAACGGCCGUGCAUACCAGAUGAGUCUCUACAUGGCUGGCUUAACGGCUCAUAAUAAUUAAUAAUAAUAAUAAUAAUAAUUCUUGGUAGUGGUGCCCGCCCUGUGGAACGCCCUCCCAUCAGACGUCAAGGAAAUAAACAACUAUCUGACUUUUAGAAGACAUCUGAAGGCAGCCCUGUUUAGGGAAGUUUUUAAUGUUUGAUGUUUUAUUGUUUUUAAUAUUCUGUUGGGAGCUGCCCAGGAUGGCUGGGGAGGCCCAGCCAGAUGUGCAGGGUAUAAGUAAUACAGUGGUACCUCGGGUUACAGACGCUUCAGGUUACAGACUCUGCUAACCCAGAAAUAGUACCUCAGGUUAAGAACUAUCAUCUUUUGUUUGGUCUUGGCUGCCCCCCCCUCUCUCUCUGCUUUGAAGUUUGACUCAUCCCACAAUUCUCUCUUUUCGUUCCACAAGUUGAUGAGUCUGACGGAGAAAACGAAGAGGCGGUCCUCCCAGCAGAAAGACCCGAGCGCAGAAACCCCACCCGGAUAUCUUUGGAAGAAGUCAUCCUCGGGAAGCUUUUCCCGGUGGAAGAAGGGCCUCCGGGCAACGUGCCCACGACAGACUUUGCUACGGAGAAGCCGUUUGAGUGCUCCGAGUGCGGGAAGCACUUCUCUACCAGCUCCCACCUCAUCAACCACAAGCGCGUCCACACAGGGGAGAAGCCCUACAAGUGCUUGAGCUGCGGGAAAAGCUUCACGGAGCGAGGCAACCUCUUGAAGCACCAGAGGACCCACACGGGCGAGAAGCCCUACGGAUGUUCCGACUGCGGGAAAGCCUUUGGCAUCAGCUCUCAGCUGAUCAGCCACAAGCGGGUGCACACGGGAGAGAAGCCCUACGAGUGCUCGGACUGCGGGAAGAGCUUCUGCACAAGCUCGCAGCUCGUGCGCCACAGCCGGGUCCACACGGGCGAGAAGCCCUACGAGUGCUCCGCCUGCGGGAAAACCUUCAGCCAGAGGUCGUACCUCGUGGGGCACGAGAGGACGCACACGGGCGAGAAGCCCUUUGAGUGCUCGCAGUGCGGGAAGUGGUUCUCGCACCGCUCCGACCGCCUGAGGCACGAGAAGAUCCACACGGGCGAGAAGCCCCACAAGUGCGCCGACUGCGGGAAGGGCUUCAACCAGAAGGGCUCCCUCGUCACGCACCAAAGGACCCACACGGGGGAGAAGCCCUUCGAAUGCUCCGAGUGCGGGAAGAGCUUCAACGACCGGGGUUACCUUAUCACACACCGGAGAACCCACACGGGAGAGAAGCCCUUCGAGUGCUUGGACUGCGGGAAGAGCUUCAGCCGCACGUCCCACCUGACCGUGCAUAAAAAGACACAUGGGGGGGAGAGGCCGUAG